AACCCACUGCAUCAUUACGUUUUCUUUUCUAAACUGAACAUCAUUUUCUCUUAUCCAAUCCUUUCUUCUUGUGAAAGUUUUUGUCCCAAAGUCUUUUUUUACUCAUUUCAAUUUUUUUUGUAAGUUUCUCAUAUAUGCAUGUUCUGUUGCCUAGUAAACGAAAUGAUCCUGCCGCACGGCCUCCAUUGGAUAGUCAUCAUACCGAUCCACCACCACGACGGUUCUCGUUAGGGAUCAUUAGCUUGAGUGAGCGAUGGAGUGCCCGUCGAUCGUCGGUUAUCACCACGACAAGCACAGGUGUAUCAGUGCUUCAAGGAGGUAGAGAACACGAGGAGGGAGGGAGCAGCUAUAAGCCGGCAACUCCGCCUUCCUCAUUACGGAACCAAUUUAGAAAGUUUUACACUUCAUCUGUCACCACCCUAUCCACCAGCUCCAUCCCAUCCCACAACAAUGAAAGCUUAGCAACGAGUCGUAGCAGCCAAGAAAAAAGCAUAGUGCCGGCAAAGAACCAAGUGCAUGCCAAUUGGCAACCGGGUCUUCCCGAUGAACCUAUCCAUAUGGAUUGCCCCCAUUGUCAUAUUCAAGUCCGGUCUGUCACCGGCGUCGUGAACGGUCGCCUUGUAUGGGUCACCAGUUUUGUCCUAUUCCUCUCCACCAUUGUCCUUGCCUGUGUGCCAUGUUGCAUUCCCUGGCUUAAGGAUGUACAGCAUACAUGCCCAGAGUGCCAUACUAUCCUCGGUCGAUAUCGACGAUGGUGAAAAUAAUAAACGCCUUCGUCACACAAACAAUUCAUUAUACCAACCCGCAUUGUUGCAUCGAUAGAAAGGAUUUUCUCUUCUUUAAUAUAUGGAUUGUUUAGUGUGCAUUUUUCAAUGAAGAAAAAUAAAAAAAGUAAUAUUCGAACAAUAGUAAUGAUAAG